CACGGAGCCGCCGCCAUGUCGCGGGCGGCGCGCUCGGUGCGGGCCGGGGCCAGGGCGGGCCAGGGGGCGGCCCCGCGGCCCGUCCGGAUCCUCAUCCCGGCCGGGGGCGCCGCGCCGGGGCCGCCGCUGGGGCCGGUGCUGGGGCAGCGCGGGGUCCCCAUCGCCGCCUUCUGCAAAGACUUCAACGAGCGCACCCGGGACAUCAAACCCGGGGUCCCGCUGAGGGUCCGGCUGCUCGUGCAUCCUGACCGGACCUACUCGCUGACCAUCGGGACCCCCCCCACCUCCUACUUCCUCAAGGCCGUGGCCGGAGUGGAGAAAGGAUCGGCCAGACCUGGCCACGAGCCGGCCGGGCUGGUGUCGCUGGCGCAGCUCUUCGAGGUGGCCGUGGCCAAGCAGAGGGACCCGGCGGUGACGGCCCGGGGGACGCCGCUGCCCGCCCUCGUGGGGUCCCUGGUGGGCUCUGCCCGCAGCCUCGGCCUGCACGUGGUGCCCAGGCUGACCCCCCAGGCCGUGGCCGAUGUCCAGCGGCGCCGCCGGGAGCUCGAGGCGGCCGCAGCCGCCCCGGACGGGCAGGAGGAGGACGAGGGGGGGGCCCGGAAGAAGUGACCCCCCCCCCCCCCCCCCCAAAAAAACCCCAAAACUCGGGGGAACCCCCAAAACCCCACCCCCAAAUAAAGAGCUCCUCCCACAGA